GCUUGUCCAAAUGGCAGAUUCCGAAAAAAUGGCACUAGCUUUGGCCAUAUUGUGUUUUUUGUGCGGCAACGCCUUCCUCCCUUCAUCAGCCUCCUCCGAUUCCUUCCUCCAAUGCCUCUCGGCGAUGAUGCCGAGCCAGCUGGUGUACCAGCAGAGCUCGAGCGGCUUCACGUCUGUGCUGGAGUCCUCCGUCCAGAACCCCAAGUUCCUGACCAACACCACGGUGGGGCCGCUGUGCAUCGUCACGGCGUCCGACGUCUCCCACGUCCAGGCCGCCGUGCGCUGCGGCGGCUGGCACGGCGUGCGCCUCCGCGUGCGCAGCGGCGGGCACGACUACGAGGGCCUGUCCUAUCGCUCCGUCCGGCCGGAGGUGUUCGCGGUGCUCGACCUCGCCAGGCUCCGCGGCGUGCGCGUCGUCCCCGGGGAGGGCAGCGCGUGGGUGGACGCCGGCGCGACGCUGGGCGAGCUCUACUACACCGUCGGCACGACCAACCCGGGGUUCCUGUUCCCCGGCGGUGCGUGCGCCACGGUUGGCGUCAGCGGCUUCAUCAGCGGCGGCGGCAUCGGCCUGAUGAUGCGCAAGUACGGCGUCGGGGGCGACAACGUCCUCGACGCUAGGAUCGUGAACGCCAACGGUGACGUCCUCGACCGGGCCGCCAUGGGGGAGGACCUCUUCUGGGCCAUCCGCGGCGGCGGCGGCGAGAGCUUCGGCGUCGUCGUGGCGUGGCGGCUGAAGCUCUCCAGGGUCCCGCCGACAGUGACGGUGGUCAACAACCUCCGGACCAUGGAGCAGGGCGUCGCCGACCUCCUCGCCAAGUGGGAGACGACCAUCCUCACCCCCUCCCUACCGGACCUCACCAUCCGGGUCGUCUUGCAGGAGAGGCACGCCUUCUUCCAGACUUUCUACCUCGGCCGGUGCUCGGACCUCCUCCGCACGGUGCGCGGCGUCUUCCCGGAGCUCGGCAUGACGGCGGCCGACUGCAACGAGAUGAGCUGGCUGCGCGCCAUGGCGUUCAUCUACUUCGGCAACACCAACACCCCCGUCGAGGGGCUCCUCAACCGGACCAACUCCCUGGGCACCUACUUCAAGAGCAAGUCCGACUACGUGCGCCGCGCCGUCGGCCGGGCCGGGUGGGAGAGCCUGUUCCAGCAGCAGCUCUCCAGGAACGGCAACAUGCUCAUGAUCCUGGAACCGCAUGGCGGCGCGGUCGGCGGCGGCAACACGAACGCGACCUCACCGUACCCGCACCGCCGGGGCGUGCUGUUCAACAUCCAGUACGGGUCCAUGUGGUGGGGCGAGGCCAACGGCACCGCGGCGGCGACGGCGCUCGAGUGGCUCGACGGCCUCUACGGGUUCCUGGGGCAGUACGCGACCAGCAACCCCAGGGAGGCCUUCGCCAACUACCGCGACCUGGACCUCGGCCAGAACGUCGUCGGCCGCGACGGCGUGUCGUCGUACUCGAGCGGGAGGGUGUGGGCGGAGAGGUACUUCAUGGGAAACUACCGGCGGCUGGCGGCGGUGAAGGCGCUGGUGGAUCCCAGUGACUACUUCAGGAACGAGCAGAGCAUCCCACCACUCCCAAAGACUUGAGACAUUUUGCAUGGCCAUGGAUGUCUUGUUUGCUGAGGGUUUAUGGUGCACCGUACCUAAAAUAGAUUUGAGAUUAAAGAUUUGAGAUUUGAGAUUA